AUGGCAUCCAAAACAGAUCCGACAAAGCUCGCAUUUAUAGACUAUGAAUAUGCUGGGUUUGGAAGCAGAGCAUUGGACAUUGCCAACCAUUUUUGCGAAUACAUGAAUUGCUUUUCCACUUUGCAACCGUAUAUGCAUAACUACGAUCUUUUUCCUGAUGAUGCCCGAAUUGUCGCAUUCAUAAACACCUACAUUAGAGAAUUGGGUGCGGGCAUGGCCGAUUUCGCACUAUCAGAAGACAAAGCCCAAGAAAUCAUUAACGAAAUUCUUUUUUUUUCGUGCGUCGUUUCAAUUAGAUGGACACUGUGGGCGCUUUUUCAAUUCAGGAUGAGAAUAGACGCACUGCCGCCCUCAAAAUUGCCAACCAAGCUUUCUGAUAUCGACAGCAUUGAAAGCCCAUUUUUCUACAUUGCCUAUGCCAAGUAUAAGUUUGGACACCUGGAAAAGCUGAUUUUCAAUCCCUCUGGUGCCAAUCCAAUACUGAAGGUCAAAAGCUUGCUAGAAUCGCACAAGAGGAUGGAUCUAGUUUUCCCAUUKAGCUACUUUAAAUUUUAA